CCAUAAUCACUGUAUAGUCUGUUAUCACCAAUGAUAAGACAUGCCGACAUUGGACUUAGCCAAAUACCGCGUGUCGUAGGCAGGUGAAAGGUGCCAAACCAGUGAGGGCGUAGGGCCACACUUGGUCGUAUAUAAGUAUGCCAGAGUUCUCCUGCAUCACCACACACCUCACACCACAUACAUCAACAUGCUGUACGGGUUAGUUGUAAUUGGCAGCGUUCUGGUAGCAGCUGUGUCUGCCCAGUACGGAGGCUAUGCUCACGCACCUAGGUACGCCCCUGCCAGUUACGCCCAGCCCGAGCCCUACGACCCCAACCCCCAGUACUCCUUCCACUACGCCGUCAAUGACCCCAGCACUUACGACAUCAAGAGCCAGAAGGAGGAGCGUAACGGAGACUACGUGACCGGCUCCUACGAGCUGUACGAGCCUGACGGUACCAAGCGUACCGUGGAGUACUACGACCAGGGCUACGGCUUCCAGGCUGUCGUCCACAAAGAGCCUGCUCACGGUGCCCCCGUAUACUCUGCCCCCGCAUACAGGCCAGCAUACUCCAGGCCUGCAUACUCUGCACCUAGAUAUUAAGAAUCAGUUCAUCACAACUCCAUGUCAAUUCCAAAAGACCAUUUUCAUUG